GGCACACGCGUCGAGACCCCAGUCACCUACAAAACAAUGUUCGAUUUGAAUACAAUCCUUUCCCGCAAAUCGUCUGCGACCAGUGAGACAAUCCAGAAACUCAACAACCUACUGUACGAUGAGUCCGUUCAAACGAUCACCAGCUUCGAACUCAACCAGCUCGCGUCCUUGACCUACCACGAAUCAUCCCUGGCUGGCGCCGACGACGAUUUGGCUGAAGCAAUAUACGAAGCUCUAGGCAGAGUCCUAUCACAACCGGCAUCGCAAACUCCCUUGGCGCUGCACAAGGCAUUGGCGGUAGUCCAUCACGUUUUAAUUUUCGGUGCCGAAAAAUCGUUGGCCGAGGCCAUCUUUCUCGGCAAACACGUCGACUUUUUGCAAUCCUACAAUACCGUACUCUUGGCACAGCAACAGGCCGGUGCCGCCGGAAUAUUCAUGCGUAUCAAAGGUGGAGGAGUGGACAAGGGUGGACCCGUACGUGAGGCGUCCCAAAAAGUCCUGCGCUUGCUGACGAAUCGCCAGGUCUUGACACGGGAGCGCCAAGCCCAAGCCGACCCAAAUUCCCUUGUACCGAUUGGGAAUCGUCAGGAGGCCGCGUUCGUCACGGACGAUGUGCGCUUGUACGCACUGCAAAAGCGUAUGGAGCGAGAACGGAGCAUGAUGACCCGCAGCAAUUUAGCCAAGGCCGACAACGGGUUCGGCAGCGGCUACACGUCCCGGGACGGUAAGGCGGUUGUGGGAGCCGCACACGGGCUCGACGAAAUGCUCAAGAUGGAGCAGCGCGAAAAGAACCGAUUUACUGAUGAUGGCGUCACGCGUCAGUCUGUCUCCACGGGCUACGUAGCUCCAAUAUUGACCAACGCGUUCGGAGCAACCGAAUUUGCUCAAAAACACAUGCCUCCACUGGACUUGUUGGAUCUCGGUGAUGCGACGGCACCAGUGAUAACGACAUUGCAUGGUGGUCCGCAAGAAACCGAUUUCUUGGAUUUUUCGAGCGAUUUACCAGCUUUGGAUUAUCAGUCAAGACCGGUGGAAGCCGCCGAUGGUCUGUUGUCGCUGGAUUAUACCAGUGAUGUGAUGGGAACAGACAGCACUGGCAAUGGAAAUGAUUUGUUUGGCAACACCACCGAUCUUUUGGGUGACCUAACUAUAGUUGAUGCAUCGUCGACUAACACAGCAUCACGCAACUGUAUGGUGAGCGAACCCAGCCCAAGCGGUCACGAUAGAUUCGCUGCCUUGGACGAAUUGGUGAAAUCAAUCCCUAUGUCUUCCUCGAGCGCGAAAUCCGCCAUUGGUACGACAAGUUUGUCAAGCAAUUCACACUUUGACAAUUUGGGCACUUUAGGUGUUGUAGAUAGGAGUGCCGAGAGCGCUACUGAUUUCGCCAGCUCCUACGAGUCUUCCACGCUAAAGAUUUCAGCCUCCACGCCGACCUGGAGUACGUCGCUCGAGGAUGGGGACGAUUCCGAAAACGGUUUUAUCAUGGGCGGUGUCACCGGAGCCGGUCUAGAACCCAUGGGGGCUGCCCCGGCCGCACCCCCACCACCUCCUGGAAACGUAUGGCAUUAA